UAGUUUUAGUGGAUUUUUUUUGUUGUUUUUAAGUGCCUUUAUCAGGUUACAUCAGUAAAGUGGGAAUCCCACGACAAAGAUGAUACAUACGGAAAGGUAGUUUCCGACCGCAGUUCUCAUCAAGUUGAUUUCUAACUUUUUCAUUGUUUUGUUUAGUUUGGUUUGAUUUGGUAGGAGGAAGUGGCAGUUCACAUCUCUGAGAGAGACUGUGACUGUAUAUUUAACCUAUGUAGGUAAAAGAGCACUGAGGGUACCAAACAAGUAUAUCUGAAUAUCUCCGACCGAGAGCCCAACACCGGCCGGACCCUCUGUACCUGUUUCAGAUGAAGUACUCAGAACUCUGUUGACCGUAUUGAGUGUGUGCGAAAAUUGGGUAACUUUGGAGUAGGCUUCUUGCUGUCAGAUAAAAGGAAGUUUGUGAGAAGUUAAUGAAGUGCAGUUAACAGUACUUCCACUCUUCGUACUGGACGGAUGCCACAGAGGAUGAGCUGAUAUUUAGAAAUCAGUCAAAUUUGCAAUAUUGAAAGAGCGGAAUUUACCAGAAAAUUUAGUCACAGUGCCUUUAAAGUGAGAUCUCCUUCAAUCAAAGACCUGUUAGCUGUAGGCAGGGAUUACCAGUUAGGAGCUGUAAUAGAAUAUUUACACUAAUUUUUUUGCAGGAUCUGGAUUUGUAGCAAAUGCUGACUGCAUCAUUUGGGAUCCACUGGAAGUUUUUGUCUUGGCAAUGGUGACUGACAGAUGAUCUGACACAGGAAGACAUCAGACGCUGUUGCCGUGCUGGUUAUUAUGGGGUGUGUCUGUUGCAAGCAGAAGAAGUCCACCAAAGCACCAGUAACAGUAGAUGUUGCAGAUUCGUCUCUUAGCAACACAGAUAGAGGUUUGUCUUCGGUCUUGACUCAGAGCCACGGUGGUUCAGACCUCAAGACCAUCCCGGACUUCAACAAUUGCUUCUCACCCAGCACCAUCUUCCCCAAUCCCAGCCCACACCAGCGGCCUGGAGGUGGUGGAGUCACUCUCUUUAUAGCUCUGUAUGACUACGACGCUCGCACUGAAGAUGACCUCACUUUUCAAAAAGGAGAGAAAUUCCACAUCAUCAACAACACAGAGGGCGACUGGUGGGAGGCUCGCUCUUUGGACACUGGCAACUCAGGUUACAUCCCCUCCAACUACGUAGCUCCUGUCGACUCCAUACAGGCCGAAGAGUGGUAUUUUGGGAAGAUGGGGAGGAAGGAUGCAGAGAGACAGCUGCUGGGCCAUGGCAACCAGAGGGGAACUUUCCUCAUACGAGAGAGCGAGACCACCAAGGGUGCCUACUCUCUGUCCAUUCGUGAUUGGGACGAUAACAAGGGAGACCACGUCAAGCAUUAUAAAAUCCGAAAACUAGACAAUGGUGGCUACUACAUCACCACAAGGUCUCAGUUUGAUACUGUGCAGCAGCUCGUAGAGCAUUACACAGAGAGAGCGGCAGGACUGUGCUGCCGUUUGAUUGGCAGCUGUAAGCGGGGCAUGCCUAAGCUGGCUGACUUAUCAGUGAAGACCAAGGAUAUGUGGGAGAUUCCUCGCGAAUCCCUCCAGCUGAUUAAGAAACUGGGCAACGGCCAGUUUGGAGAAGUCUGGAUGGGCAUGUGGAACGGUACCACCAAGGUAGCGGUGAAGACUCUGAAGCCAGGGACCAUGUCCCCUGAGGCCUUCCUGGAGGAGGCCCAGAUCAUGAAGAGACUUCGCCACGACAAGCUGGUGCAGCUCUACGCCGUCGUUUCUGAGGAGCCCAUCUACAUUAUCACUGAGUUCAUGAGCCAAGGAAGUUUGUUGGACUUCUUAAAAGAUGGGGAGGGGCAGAAUCUGAAGCUGCCUCAGCUGGUGGACAUGGCUGCACAGAUUGCAGCUGGAAUGGCGUACAUCGAAAGGAUGAACUACAUCCAUCGUGACCUGCGAGCGGCUAACAUCCUUGUUGGAGACAAUCUGGUGUGCAAGAUCGCUGACUUUGGACUGGCUAGGCUCAUUGAGGACAAUGAGUACACAGCCAGACAAGGGGCGAAGUUCCCCAUCAAGUGGACAGCUCCAGAGGCUGCACUGUAUGGACGCUUCACCAUCAAGUCAGAUGUUUGGAGCUUUGGCAUCCUGCUAACUGAACUCAUCACCAAGGGACGGGUGCCAUAUCCAGGCAUGAACAACCGCGAAGUGUUGGAGCAGGUGGAGAGAGGCUACCGGAUGCCCUGUGCCCCGGGCUGCCCUGCCUCGCUCCAUGAACUGAUGCUGCAGUGCUGGAGGCGGGAGGCCGAUGAGAGGCACACGUUUGAGUACCUGCAGUCCUUCCUGGAGGAUUACUUCACCGCCACAGAGCCGCAGUACCAGCCUGGAGAAAACCUGUGACCACACAUGUGUAUUACAGGCGUGGUGCAAUGAACGGACAAACAGAAAAAGAAUAGACAGACGUGGAUAUAGACAGGCAGAUACUGUGACAGGCAUGUUAUAUUACAUGUGCAUGCUUUCACUGUAUUUGUUCUUUACAUACUGUACACACACACACACACACACACACACACACACACACACACACAUAUUAAGAUACAUAUCAUUGCCUUGUUUAGCUGUUUAAUGACAGCUUCCUCCUUUUUUGUCAUUGAUCACUGCAGCCUGUUCAGGACAGAUCAGUCAACCAUGUUGAAGAGCAGAGUCGGAGCUCUGCUGGUCAGGCCUUGCAGUAAUGUUGCUUUACUCUGUAACCAUGACAACAAGGAACUGAAAGAAGAUGUAGACCGUUUUGUUGAGGUGGGGGGAAGUCGAGUUGGUACAUGGUCUGUUCAGCUGCCAUAUAUGUUCAGCUCCUUUGAUUUCUGGGUGUGAGAAGAACAAUUUAGAAGAGCAGCUGUUUACAGAAAUGAUAGACAGCGCAACGGGUUUCAGACAACAGUUGGAAGACUGUCUCUGAAAAAAUGUCAGAAUGAACCUUGUGAACCUGUGUGGCAACUGAGUGGAUUAUAUAUGCAGACACAGACACUCCUAUGUAACAUGCCUCUGCUCUUACAAACAUAAAAAGGCUGUUGAACUGUCUGCUAUGAUGUCCAUCACCUGAAAAGGAGAGCUGAUUUCAAACCUGUACCACUAUGUGCUUUAAAGUGGUAAAAUUAAGGCCUUUUUCUUAGAUUUUAAAUACCUUUAAUACUGUGUUAGUUAAGUCUGAGAGAUGGUAAGGAAUGCUCUUUGUUUGUCUGUUAAUUUGUAUGACAAUUUUGUAUGAGCUGUCUCUUUCGUUGUUUUAAUUUAACUCAGAUAUAUCUGAUGCAUCACAAAGACUUCUAUAUCUAGUUAACAUGUAUACAGUUUUCAUACCAUUGGGAGGGCACGGUCAAAUGUUACACAUAAAUAGGAACGAUCGAUGUCUGUUGUUUGACAAGUGUAACCUUUAUGCUGAGACUGCCCUGUCGUGUUACGGUAAUAAAGAUCAAAUAUCCUUUCUGGA